UUACAGAAAUGUCACACAAGCUAGAUUCGGAACUCACCCGUCGUGGAUUUGAAUGCCAUCCUUUUAAGAUCGGCUGGUACAACAAACAUGUUGCUGAAUCUUUUCAAUUGCCUUAUCAUGAAGACACGGUGGCGUAUGUGGUGAUUAGUACACCCAGCAUGUUUGAGAAAGCCUUUUUGCCAUUUGUGAUGAGUUGGACUGUCCCGAGGUCCUCACAGGACCCACUUGAAACCCGUGCAUGGUGCACUGCUUUUCAACCAUCAGUGAAAUAUUCCCUGCGGAAAAGGUCAUCAUUUUUGCAUGACUUUGAGCUAUCUCCAAACCGACGCCCCAAAGUCCUUAUGCAAACCGCGGGCCCAUGUUCAGGGGCUGUACGAUAUUACCAGCGGACGGACCUUAAUGGUGCUUGCCUCCACCCAUGUUAUGGUGGUUGGUUUGCUUUGCGUGGUGUCGUCAUAUUUCCACGGUUUGUCUGUCCCAAGCUGAAGCCACAGCAGCCCAAAGACAUCCUGCAGACUGACGAAGAAUUGGUUGAGCUGCUGAAGCGCUACAAUGAUCACUGGCAAGACUGGACUUUUAGAGACAUCAUCUCGGUGAAAGAGAAAUACUCGGAACAACAAAAAGAGUACUUUGGCACGAAACCAGGAGAGAGAAAAACACUCAUUGAGAAGUAUCGUGCAACUCAGAAGGGAAAUGCAUAGAGAGAUACUCAUUUAUUUUUGUUGAUUUUGAUUAUUCAGCAUAAAGCUAUGAUAAUAUAAUGGAAAUUUAUCAAGUAUAUCAAAGUGAAUGAUAGAGCGAUCACUUUUGUGAUUUUCAGUUUAAAAGGGUUUAUUGUAAACCCUCCUCUUCUAUUUUGAUAUAUGAAGUAAUAAUAAUCUA